UGGUUCCCUACUCCGUAGUUCCUUAGUGCUACUCGGCCUCCUCCUGCGAUCGAUCCCACCCCAUUUCACAGGUAAUACACAGUAUUCACCCGGUGACCCUAUCUCAUCAAUUCCGGCCGUCGGUUCUGCGACUUCAGAUUCCACUCAACUCACUUCUCCCUCGCCAUCUUCCCUCACUUCACACCCUCGUCGUCCUUCGCAACCACCAAAUGUUCAUAUCGACACAAUCAUUUAUCCCACUACUUUGUCGACUAUAACACCCUUUUUAUCUGAACCAUCGAUCCUCUGUCUCCACAUCCUUGGCCAACCCAUCAUCUGUCGUCGUCGAUCCGGACCGUGCUCGUUCUACACAACACCCACACCAGUGCCAAUAUAGCCAUCGUCCUUCGCAAAGGCACAAGCGGCCUUGCUUCCCUCACUCCUACUGUCAAGAUGGUCAGGUCAUGACCUCGAACCCUCUGGCCGAACCGCGGCCUCCCUCCUCAAGACAUCCUCCCGAUGUGCCUCGACCUUCCCUCGAUCGAGCCGCAAGCGAUAUCCCUUCCUCUCUCGGGCGAAGACCUACCGGACCUCAAAGACAAUAUACAGAACCUACACAGGACCGGCCAACAAAGCGGAGGAAAGUGGAGGGAGAUGGAAUCUCGACUCAGGCUUCCAACGCCGGCAAUGCCUCGACUGUUACCAUCACUGCCAAUGCUCCCACGGCAACGCAGCAUGGUACUUCUCAAUUGCGCUUGGUAGCGCCGACGGCAUCUGCCUUGUUAUUUGACCCUCGUUAUUCGCAGGAUGGGGAAAAGGUGGAAGCGACCGAGGACAAUGGAUUACCAGACUUGCCUCCCCGUCCUUGGGACUUAGGUCGCAAAUCCAAAACAACCGAAGAUCCAUUGCCUACUCACCGCUCACGAAUAUAUGUCCCUGUUCCCACGACCCCUGAUUCGCUGGUAUCACCGGAGCGAGCACCUCAUUUCGUUCCUCAAAAAGCUGCGGGCUAUUUUCCAUGGAAUGGCAAGCACCCGGAGGAUGUGUUGAGCGACGUCAAUGUCAAACAGGGAUACUUCGACAAACCUCCAAACCCGACGGAGAAAGAGCUUAAUACUGCUCGGGUGCCGCUGUACAAUGCGUUCAAGCACAAAUCAGGAGUGGACAGCCUUUCCGUCCUAUUUUCCCUGAUACUAGAUAAAAAGAGCCAGCAGAGCCUCAUCAACGUUCCCACCACUUUCAAACCCCCGCCACGUGUUACUUUGACCGAAGCCAAACGGAAAUCAUGGAUUGCGGACCUGGCGAAUGCGGAUGUGCCAUUGAGAAGGUUGAGUAGAACGAUUCCACAAGGCAUCCGAGGCCAACUCUUGCUCGACCAGUGCUUGCAGAAUCGUGUCCCUUUGAGCCGUGCCAUCUGGUUUGCAAAAUGUGUCUGCGCCAACGAGAUUCGGACAUUGAAGAGAAAGGGCACCACUCCCGCCAUAGCCAUGGGUACCGAAGGAAAGUGGUUGCGGGAAUGGACCGUCAGUGUCGAGCAAUUUCUGGAAUCGCAUCUCGGACAGGCUGGAAGUCCAGAUUGGAGGACCGAUAUACAAUACGCUAUUCGUAUAAGCACCCGUCUCUACAUGGAGAGUCUUUUGGACCGAGAUCAUUAUCUUGAUUGGAUACUACGAUCUUUGGCGGCAGCAUCGCUAGAACAACUUCCUUUUUGGCUGAUGAUUAGCCAUAUAUACAGACAGGACAUUAGCUACUAUCGACGACGAGGCAGGAAGCUUGCAGAAACUUUGAUUGAAAAGUACGAACUGGUGCAAAAGACUGCGGGCCAAGGAGCAGCGCCACUUCUGCAACGACUACAUCAUGCCAUCCGGGGGCUUCUUCUCAGUCGGCCCAGAAAUUUUUUGAUGCCAGACAAAUGGCCCGAAAUCCACUCGAUUGUCCAGAAAUGCUUGGAUGGGAAAAUUCAACAAGAAACCCAGAUUCUGGAAGAACUAAACCGCAUCAACGAGAGGACGAUGGGAUUCAACAGAGGGGACUUUUCCACCAAACGUUCUCCCAUCCAAGAGAUCGUCGAGCUCCUAGACACACUUAAGCCUCCGUUCGAUGUGGCCAAACUCGCGGUAGAUCUCACUACUAUCUGUUCGGAUACUGACGUUGUGAUAUCUACUUGCAUCGAAUGGGCGUGCACACAAUUCCGAUCCUCCAACGCCCGCAUAUAUCUCUUUGCACGUUUAUUGAGACGCUGGCAACGAGCAGGUCACGAGGUGGACAAUGUUAUCCUCAAUUUUCUUUCUUCCUGCCGGGAGGGAAAGACCACGGCGGAUCCUCAAUGCUUGAGACACUUGAUCGCACAACUUUCGAGAUCUAAUUCCUUUCCGACGGCAAAGUACCUGCAGUGGCUUAUGGUGAGAGGUCUUCCUAAGGCGGGAACAGUCACUUUGGACCAGGAUACUGGUGUAGGAACGAACAGCAUCUGCGAUUUUUCGGAAUUCAAUUAUUUUCUCCUUGACUUGUCGCUCCAGAACACCGGCACGCAUGUCGUACACUUGAGAAAUUCGAUCCUGGCACGUUGUGGCUUCGACCUGAGUUCGGAGGAGGAGCUUUAUCAACAUCAUAUCCGCUACAUGGAACAACAAUUAUCACAACUGUUUAUAGGCGCCUCCUCAUCAACGCCGACGAUAUCAGAGCCCUCCUUUGCUUCCCUGCCAUGGUGCGUCAAGUCUAGGAUCUCCAUGUGGCUUCGUGCGAAGGCCGUGCAGAUGGCGAUGCGGGAUAUGCCUGGACUCUCCACAUCAUCCGGCCUCUUGUCCUCUACAAGAACGGAUUGUGCACAAUUCUCCUUCAUUCGAUACAUUCUCGAGUGUAUGGACGACGAACCUGUUCUCGCCGAUGUGGUAGGCAUCUUCUGUAACAGCCAAGAUGACGCAAUGGUGGCAUCUCUUGCAGCUACAAUUCAAGCCCACUCCGAGGCCUUCCAAGCAAUAGGCGCCUUUGAGGUUCUCCAAAGGAGACUUUGUCAGAUCUACAUGGCCUGGCGCUCUACUAAACCUGCGAUGCCACUAUUCACAAAUUUAUUGCUCGAUCUUUGCAGUGCAUUCCCUGUCGCUACGCCCACAGUCAAGUCGUUGCAGCAGGAUUUCGUCCGAGGCGACCGUGGUCGGGCAGUGGCAGCGUGCUCACCGUAUAGUGACGGCAUCGCGGAAUCGUUACAACAAGCCGGAGCUACAUUUGUCGAAGACUUUGAAGCAAUAUUGCAGUCCGAGCCAAACAUGUCGGAGCAAACCAUGAACGGAUUGUUUUCGGUUCUUGUGGAUCGCAUUGAAAAACAGCAGAAGUUUGGGGACGAUUCAUUGACCUUGUUCUCGUUCUGUCAACUGCUCAGCCGACUGCGGCUCUGUCGGAAAGGCCAGGCAGAUCAACUAAUUCAGAAAUGGUUGAUGCGUUUAGCACCGUUUCUCGAUGACACUUUCGGUCCCUCCUUGUUCCAAAACCUGAUUGGAGCUGGCUGUGUCACUUUUGCUGGCUUUCUGGAGGCUUUGGAUAUGACCAAGCUACAACUGCGCAAGCUUCCUUCUGCUGCAACUUUACUGCGCCGGGUCAACAUACCGGACAAGGAAUCACUCUCUAACCUCGCUCUCUACCAAACCCGAACUCGAUGGAUCGAGUAUUGUCGACGAGAACCUCAGCGCGCUUUGGAGGUGCUCAUUCAACUGGGAAAGGAAGACUCAAAAGCAGCUUCACGAAUCAGGCUCGUGCAUUCUUUGGCAAUCAAUCCCCCUCUCACUUCGGCUCAUCUGUCUGAUUCGGUCAUAACACUACUAAUACAGACGGUCGACGGCCUUUUGCAUCCUGGGAACACAGUCACGGACACCGUAGAUCUGCGAGCACUCCUUAGUGGCAUCAACAUCUUCUCCCAACGACACAUACAGCUGCGACUGUGGCUGAUGUCUCAUGCUCGGGCGGAAGAGCCCUCUGACGGCCAGAGUCAGUUAGUGAACAUCCUCUCUGAGACCCUGGAACGGACACUUCGGGACCAAGAUGCUCAGCAAGGCAAUGUUGCCCAGUGGCUGCACACAGCUGGUCCAGAAGUUGCUAAUCGACUUCGACACAAGGUGGAGAGUGAGUUCCUGGAAGCCUUGCCGAAGUUUCCUACGGGAAAGACAUCGAGCCCUCUAUCUGCGGUAUUUCCGAGUGAUGUCCAACAUCUUUCUGCAAUCGUGGACCGAGCAUUUCGUGUUUGCGUCAAAAAUACUAGCCCCAUGCCUGGUUUCAUGACCCAGUUGAUUGAAAAAUUGACACAAAUUUUCAAAUCUCAGAACAGUCAUGCCGCGGCACUGAGCGGUCUUCCCGGAAAUUCAGUCAAUGUGAGCCCUGCACAGAUGGUGACGUCCAGCCCCAAUGCUAGUUCUUUCGAGGCUACUGGCGGGUCGAGCGCGUGGGCGACCCUCAACUGUCUCAAUUCUAUCCUUCACAUGGUCUGUCUACAACGGUCGGCAGUGAUCUCUGCCGCACGAAUCGGACCAAACACGAAGCAGGGUCAGAGUGAGCAAGUCCAGCUACUUGUGCGUCUAGCACUCAUUUUCACACACCCCACACUCGCAGCCGGGACCGCUCACGUCAACAACAAGCAAGAAGAGGAAAGGGUCAAAAAUGUACAUGACUUCAUUCUUGACGUGAUUGCCACGAUCGUGGACCACGUUGGUGACGAGGUCAAGAUGAUGUGCGCAAAGUUGCUCAAAGACAAGGUGCACGACGUUCGACUUCAAUAUCUUUUUGGCAGUGUCAACAUUACCGGGUCCAUACAGUCGCGAGACCUUGGCCAGGGACUGCAAAUGGUGAAAGAGGGUAGAGGAAUCAUAGGAGAAUGGAGACCACGGGUAUGGGAGAUUUUGGAUAACGGGAGUGGUAAAGAAAAUGAAACAUCUUUGGGAUUAGGCCUGUUUGGUGCCCGUCGCGAAAGACUCAGCGAAGACUGAAGGGAAAACUUGGGAUUGAUACAGACUUGGAAAAUUCUACAUUGUUGUUCUUGCUAGAGCGAAAGACCAGGAAGUUCAACGUUACAUUAUAUGUCUGGCAAUUUACGAAUUCACGAAAUAUUUGGUGCUAUUCUUCGCGGUGACAGGCUUGUUCACAUCUUCAGUUCCGGAGUCAAAUUGCCACAGACAAGGAAAGGAGGCCGGUUGAUUGCAAAGACAAGAUGUAGCAGAAGAUUACUUUCAGAGAUGACUUGAAGGGGGUGUGGUUGUCAGAUUCGUUGUCACGAGUGCGCUCCCGUGUGACAGAGGGAUUCGGUUUGUGGAUGAUGAGACGCAUUCUCGGUAAAG